AUCUGAACGAAGUUCUCAAAUCUCAACUUUUUACAAGUUUUUUUUCACUUUGCUAUUUUUUGCAGAACACCGGGUUUGGUGUCGAUGUAAUUGUAUUUUUUUUACAUUGUAAUUAUUGUUUUUUAAAAGUUCAAUAAUCAUGUCUGUAGCAGUAAAAGGUAUAUUCAUUGUGGCUGCCAAACGUACCCCCUUUGGUACGUUUGGUGGUGUGUUCCGGAACACAUCUGCAACUGAACUGCAGACCAUCGCAAUAACAGCUGCACUCAAAGAAGCGGGGGUAGCUCCUGACCAAGUUGACUCUGUCAUUGUUGGUCAAGUGAUGUCGGCAUCUCAGACCGAUGGCAUCUACACUCCUCGGCAUGCUGCACUCAAGGCGGGCAUUCCUCAAGACAGACCAGCUCUGGGCGUCAACCGACUAUGUGGAUCAGGGUUCCAGUCCAUUGUCAACAGUGCACAGGAUAUCCUAACCGGUGCCGCAAAAAUCUCCCUAGCGGGUGGUGUUGAGAACAUGUCUCAGGCACCCUUCGCAGUGCGCAACGUCAGGUUCGGCACAGUCCUGGGCAGUAGUUACGCGUUCGAGGACACUCUCUGGGCGGGACUGACGGACUCCUACUGCGGGCUGCCCAUGGGGAUGACGGCUGAGAAGCUGGGAGCACAGUUCGGAAUCACCAGGGAUGAGGUGGACAACUUCGCGCUGCAGUCGCAACAACGGUGGAAGAAAUCCAACGACGCUGGGGUGUUCAAAGCGGAAAUCGAACCCGUGACCCUGACUAUCAAGAGGAAGGAAGUGAAGGUGGACACUGACGAACAUCCUCGCCCACAAACAACCAUCGAGGGUCUCAAGAAACUUCCUCCCGUCUUCAAGAAAGAAGGCCUCGUCACAGCUGGGUCUGCUUCGGGUAUCAGCGAUGGUGCAGGUGCCCUGAUCCUAGCCAGCGAGGAGGCGGCCAAGGGUCUGAAGCCGCUGGCCAGGCUGGUGGGCUGGUCGUGCGUGGGCGUGGACCCCAGCAUCAUGGGCGUGGGCCCCGUACCCGCUAUUGAGAACUUGCUCAAGGCCACCAAACUUACCCUCAACGACGUGGACUUGAUCGAGAUCAACGAAGCCUUCGUAGCACAAACUCUGUCCUGUGCCAAGGCGCUGAAGCUCGACAUGCAGAAACUGAACGUGAACGGCGGGGCCACAGCGCUCGGUCACCCGCUGGCCGCGUCCGGCUCUCGCAUCACCGCGCACCUUGUGCACGAGCUGAAACGCCGCGGCUUGAAGCGCGCGAUCGGUUCUGCUUGCAUCGGCGGCGGUCAGGGCAUCGCAGUCAUGGUUGAAGCUGUUUGAAGAGUCUGCUUUUAAAUAGGUAUAUAAGCUAUGAAUUGUAAGAUAAAAAUGUUAUCGCCUUAAGACGUAGCUAUUUUUUAUAUGAAAGAUAUCACAAUUAUUAUAUAUUUUUUCAAUAUGUCGAAUUAUUCAACACUGUAUCUUUUAAAACAGAUAACUAGGUAGAUUUUAAAUGUUAUGAAAUGUAUUAUUUUCCUAUGAAAGAUAAUUGAUUAUACCUUAUUUAUGCAAUAACUGUACUGUAUACCUGUGAACAUCACUAAAUCUGUAAACAAUUUUGAUUUAUGUUAUAAAAAAUGUUAUUUAUUUGAACAUUUUCUUAUGUUAAUCAGAUUUCUAUUUCUUUUGUAAAUUAUGAGAGAUAUAUAAAAAAUGUUAUUUUACAAAUCGAAUUUUUGACGAAUGUUGUUUGAUAAGAAUUUUAUAAAAAUAAAUCAUAUUUUUUUGAUAC